AUGAAACUCCAGACCUACAAUCCUCAUCUGAAGACGCAGGGUGCUAUCACCACUCUACAGCAGAUGUCGAGGACCCCCAUCACAGGUCAACUGCUGGUGAAGGGCGGCGUGGCGGCUAGUGUGGGUGCUGUGCUUGGUAUAGUUAUAUCAUUGGUGGUUAAUUGCACGUUGGUAGAGAUAUCAAUGUCGGCAUUCUUUGCCCUAUACUUUGGCCUACUAUUCAUAUCUGUGGGAUGCGUCAUUUUAUGGCGUAUAUCUACACAGACUCAAAUGGUGAGCACACCAGAGGAAUCGGCUAGGAAGAAGCAACUACAACUGUUCGCAUCGUUGAUAGUGAUAAGCGGCUUCCUAUGCUUCAUAUUAGAGAAGAACUGGUUUGUUGGAAUGUCACCAGUGUUGAAGAUACCUCUAUACUCCAUCCUGGGUGUAUCGGUGUCCUUUGCGCUCACUUUUUCUGUGGUUGACAUGAUCAAUUACCUGUUGGGGUUCUUACAAGUGGUCGUGGCUCGGCCCCUGGUAGAGAGCACCAGCCAAGUCUACCUAGUAACGCUGUUGACCCUGCUGAUGGGAGGCACAUUUGGCUUCAUAUUCGGAGUGAUGGAUGUGGAGGACGAAGUUCAGUAUCAGGUUCGUCUGGCGUUACUACGCGAAGAGCAUUAUUGCUAUCCUAUUGGUGCACUCUUGGGCGCUGUUGGUGGCUUUGGGAAUGAAUACCUCCGUCAGCAGAGUGAUGAGUAUACAGCUCUGCAGAAUACGGAAUUUGAUGAUGACAUUUGA